GUAACUUGAAUGCACCCGCCUUUUCUACUCUCUCCCGCCAUCUCGCUCCGCUCUCGACUGUCUCUCUGCUAGCACCGCCAGGCUCCGAUGGGCUCUCUCCUCCCCGACGAGCUGUGGCUCGACAUCUUCGAUCAGGCUGUCGAAGACGCCGACCUUUUUGACCACACUCUGCCGACCGCCUUUUCCGAAGCUUCCUGGUUUAAGACUUUAUACGGAGAGUGGUCUUUGCGCACUGCUCAGGAAGGCGUGAAUAACGCCCAACGGCGCAGCUAUGCUACCAAGAAGGCUAUCAUGUCUACGUGCAGAACUUGGCGUCGGUUAGGGUACGAGUUCUUCUACAGGUUCCUCUUCUUCAGCAAUCCACGCAACAUUCAGCGCGUAUGCGCCCAUAUGGAUCGCGACAAGAACUUGGGAUGGUGGACGAGGAGGCUGCACGUAACCCGCUACUUCGCAGGUGGCGGGACGACCAUGGAGACUACCCAGAACUCCCUGGUGUCCAUCAUCCGGCACUGUCCAAAUCUGCAAACCUUCAUCGUCAACUGGCCUUUGUCAAACACCUUGCAGGCCAUCGGGGACGCCAUAUGCACGUUCUGUCCACGCACGUUGCGUGUCCUGCACAUCAACAUCCCCACGACAUCCCUUGCCAAACUCAUCCACAUGUUACAGUGUCUGCCUAAGCUGGCCACUGCGCACAUAGAGUUCGACGGCACUCCCCCUGAGCAGAUCAACCUAGGCGCGGCAGCGGAUCUGGCACUCACUUUACCCGCCCUACAACAUCUCUCAUUACGAGGUCCAUUCCAGGACUUCCUCGAGGAGGCAAUCGGCUGGGAGAUUCCACUCUUGCAGACGCUCUGUCUCGACUUCGUCAACCACCGAGAUGACUUCCCCGAUCUCCUCGAGUUCCUCCGGAUGCACGGCGCGCAACUCACCUUCCUCGACCUAAACAUCAUCCCGACGCUCGAUGUGCCCACCAUUCUCGACUUAUGUCCGAUGCUCAUCACCUUCACGUUCAACCCCGACUGGCGCAUCCCGGCCUGGGAGCAGAAUUCGUUUGUCGGGCCCUCGGCGGUCCGUCGUCCGCAUGCGAACAUUACCACGAUCGGCCUGCAUCAUCUUCUCUACGCCUUCGGAGUCGGCUAUGCUGCGACCUACGACAAGGUUGAUCCCUUCGCCACGCAGAUGAUCCGCCGCCGGAACGACGUCAACUUCGCCGCGCUAAACCGGCGGAAUUUCCCUCGCCUCGAGCGUGUCCGCGUCCUCAACACCACGCUCCUCUCCGAUCUCGAAGCGAACAACGGUCCUAGUCAGCACUGCUACGAGCGCUGGGAGCGAUGGUCGCGACAGUGCCAGAAGGAGGGGAUCCGCCUGGAGGACUGCACAGGCGAGCCGCUAGGCACGCUGCCGAUGGACUCGGAGACCGAAGACGACACCGACGACGAGACGGAGGAGAGCGUCCAGGGGGAGGCACAGCAGGCCCAGACGCAGCCGCACCUCUCGUCGCUCAGGGAGCUCCUCAUGGAGUGCAGGAGGAUGAACGCGCAGCGCGAGGCGGACGUCACCCCUCCGGCGCUUCGGAUGAUAUAUGCUGGGACCUCGCGGGCGUCAUAGCCAUAGCCAUAACCGCUUCGCUCGCCCUGACUGGCCGACACGACUCCACCAGGAGCCUGGGCCAGGUGCUCCACAGUCAUGCUCUACGACCAAAUACGACCUUGACGCCAGCCCGCCGACGAUGUCAUACAUGCACACUUGCCCCCGUGUUGUCCGCUGCUCUCGCGCUUUCCCUCUCCUCUCCUCUCGGACCAAACUCGAACCCCAAUGUAUGAUUAUUUGCACUCGAACACUCGCACAGACUCCUCCCCGCAUGACUGGCAGCCAUAAGCGCCUGCACCGACUCUUUUAUAUAUCAUCAUGAACGAUGCGAACUCUGGAUACAGCAGUUUCAUAGAUACAAUAUGUUAUGUCUUAAGGCUACAUGCCGAUGCCUAUGCAACAAA